UGGAUGGUGUGCUUCCUUUAUGAAAAGGGAGUGCGCAUCCUCCGGAGAGCUUGGAGAAGCAAGAGAACCCGGCUGCCGCUGCCGAGCCGCCGCUGCUGCUGAGGGGAAGCAGGAAAACAUCAUGAGCUCCAGGAAGGUAAUGGCCAUUCAGGCCCGAAAGAGGAGGCCGAAAGGGAAAAAAGACAAGACAACCCAGCAUCGAAGGCCUGAGACCCAGCAGAAAGUCCCGUCGGCGCCCCCUCCCCCACCACCCCCGCCCCCCCCUCCUGAGCCCGUGCCCCCCCCUGAGCCAGAGGAGGAGAUCCUAGGCUCAGACGAUGAGGAGCAGGAGGACCCCGCCGACUACUGCAAAGGAGGGUACCACCCGGUGAAGAUCGGGGAUCUGUUUAACGGGAGGUACCACGUGAUCCGCAAGCUGGGAUGGGGACACUUCUCCACCGUCUGGUUGUGCUGGGACAUCCAGGGAAAGCGCUUCGUGGCCAUGAAGGUGGUGAAGAGUGCGCAGCACUACACAGAGACGGCGCUGGAUGAGAUCAAGCUGCUGAGAUGUGUCAGAGACAGUGACCCCGGCGACCCUAACAAGGACAUGGUGGUGCAGCUUAUCGAUGACUUCAAGAUCUCGGGAAUCAAUGGAAUUCAUGUGUGUAUGGUGUUUGAAGUGCUGGGGCAUCAUCUACUGAAGUGGAUUAUUAAGUCUAACUACCAAGGCCUGCCACUGCCCUGUGUCAAGAGUAUUAUCAGACAGGUUCUGCAGGGCCUGGACUACCUCCACAGCAAGUGUAAGAUCAUCCACACGGACAUCAAGCCCGAGAACAUCCUGCUGUGCGUGGACGAUGCCUUUGUGCGCCGCAUGGCUGUGGAGGCCACCGAGUGGCAGAAAGCCGGAGCCCCUCCUCCCUCCGGCUCUGCAGUCAGCACAGCCCCUCAGCUUAGACAGGUGGGGAAGAUCUCCAAGAACAAGAAGAAGAAGCUCAAGAAGAAGCAGAAGCGGCAGGCUGAGCUGCUGGAACGGCGCAUGCUGGAGAUCGAGGCCCUGGAGCGCGAGGCCGAGAAGCAGCGGGAGAAUGAGGACCCCGACGCUGACCCCGACGCUGACCCCGACGCCAUCUCCACCCCCAAGCCCAGCUCGGCCCCGGGGCCCGCCAUCGCACCGGCGGACACGGACGACGACGACGACGAUGAUGACGAGGUGGAUGAAGAAGAUGAGGGCGAGGGAGAGAGGGAGAGGCCUGUUCGGCUCACCAACCACACCUGUGCAGCUCCAGAGCAGGUAGCAGACACGUCGGCGGAGACCCCUCCGAGCGCAGUGGACGGGGAGGUGGACGAGCACCCCAGCCCAGAGAGAGAGACACGCAGCCCCACCAACCCCCAGCCAGAGGGAGAGACUGAGACGAAGGACAAGAAACAGGAGGAGAAGGAGGAAGAGGAGAAGGAGGGGGAGGAGGAACAGCAGCAGGAGGAGGAGCAGGAGGAGGAGCAGGAGGAGGAGCAGGAGGAGGAGGACAACAAGGAGGAGCAGGAGGAGAAGCAGCAGGAGCCCAAGCUGGAGAAGGAAUCGCCAAAGAAAGAGGAGUGCAAAGGAGAGACCGAGCAGGAGAAAGAGGUGGAGGAGGAGAAGGAGUCCAGCGGGCAGGAGAAAGAGGCGGGGGGAGAGGAGGAAGAUGAGGAGGAGGACGAGGAGGAGGACGACGAUGACGAUGAGGACGAUGAUGAUGAUGAUGAUGAUGAUGACGACGAUGAGGAGGACGAGGAGGAAGAUACUCAGAGGAACAACUCCACCAACACCAACUCCACCAGCAUCAACAUCAGCACCACCAUCAACACGGACGCGUCCAAGGCCAACGGCCACGUGGUGCUGGCCGUGAAGGAGCUGGCACUGGACCUGGGUGUGGUGGCGUCCCCCACAACGCUGCUCUGCCCGCUGGUGGAGUCCGAGAUCAGCACCACCGACCGCGACGCUUCCGACGCCUCGUACGAGCUCUACAACGGCGAGAACCCCGUCCUGACCAACGGGAGUGGGGGACGCCACCGUGGCACCUCGCCACGCUUCCCCGAGCUACCGCUGGACCCCGAGCCCGGUGGCCCUGACCGCCCGCACGGUCCGCAGCAGCAGGGCCCCUUCAGCCCCAGCGGAGACCGCAGCCGCACAGUCUCCUCCUCCAGCACCGGAGACACGCCCAAAGCUAAAAUUCGAGCAGCCGACCUGCUGGUGAAUCCACUGGACCCGCGCAACGCCGACAUCCUCAGAGUCAAGAUCGCUGACCUGGGCAACGCCUGCUGGGUGCACAAGCACUUCACCGAGGACAUCCAGACGCGGCAGUACCGCUCCAUCGAGGUGCUGAUUGGGGCCGGCUACAGCACUCCCGCAGACAUCUGGAGCACAGCCUGCAUGGCUUUUGAGCUGGCCACUGGAGACUACUUGUUUGAGCCGCACUCAGGGGAGGACUACUCCCGUGAUGAGGACCAUAUAGCCCACAUCAUUGAGCUGCUGGGCUGUAUCCCACGACACUUUGCACUCUCUGGAAAAUAUUCCCGCGAGUUCUUCAACCGAAGAGAUCACAUCGCUCUGAUCAUGGAGCUUCUGGGGAAGGUCCCACGUAAGGUGAUUGCUGCCGGGAAAUACAGCCGCGAGUUCUUCUCCAAGAAAGGCGAGCUGAGACACAUCACCAAGCUGAAGCCGUGGUCGCUGUUCGACGUCCUGGUGGAGAAGUACGGCUGGUCGGCAGAGGACGCGGGCCACUUCACGCACUUCCUGCUGCCCAUGCUGGAGAUGGUGCCAGAGAAGAGAGCGUCGGCCGGGGAGUGCCUCAACCACCCCUGGCUCAGCUCGUAGCAGCGCUGCCCCCGACCCCCGAACCUCACAGCGGCAGCAGCAGCAGCAGCAGCCUCCAGGACUGCGCUGUUUCCAUACAGACUGGAGCGAGGGAAGCACCAUCUUGAGAGAGAGAGAGAGAGAGAGAGAGAGCAAGAAAAAAGAGGAAGAGAGGAGAAAGAGAGAGAGAGAAAGUGAGAGGAAGAGAGGAGUGGAAAUGGACGGACUGGAGAGAGGAGGUGGGCCAGGACGCUUUACAUGUGCGAGUGUGAGAGAAAAAGACAACAGUGGUUAAGGCCACUCCUUAAACACACUCACUCACACAUCCACACACACACACACACAUGCCUCACACAGGCUUUUAACACAUUCCCAGUUCUUGAACACAUUCCCAUUGCAUGUCGGAAAUUGGGACACACGUCAAGUAGACGGCGUCUCCUACCCGAAGCAUUUACUGUUCCAUUAACAUGGCAUUCCAACAUUCCUUUCACAUUCACUUACCUACAGUACUGUACAUCACCGUCUCAUGUAGACUAAACCAAGUCUUACAAAGGAAAUGGUGGACUUCUGUCGCUCUUCAGAUGUUUAUAGGAACCUCUUAGUAUCUAGCUAACACUUGAUAUUGUAACUAACUUUGCUAUUGAAAUUACUAUUGGUAAAAUGUAACGUUUACCAUACAGUAGAUCCAGGUUACAGUGUUUGUAGAUGCAGAGCUGUGGACGUGUGACUUUACUUCUGAUGCCAUCACAUACGGAACUCAAAACGUGCAUGAUAACAUACAUGGAACUCCUACCGUACAGGAUCUCUUGAUACUUCUGAUAGGGAUUUGUGGUUGUCCUUCUCUGGGGAGGCGUAAAAAGCUGUGCCUUUGGCUGAGCUCUCCUGAAUGUCCUUGCCUGCCGUCUUGUCAAAAGACCACCCCCCUCACCAGGCUGCUGACUGAAGUGAUGUAGCUAACACUGAGCCUCAACAACCUGCCUUCUCUCACAGACCACUCGGCAUGAACUAGCUCUCGUCAUGUCCGCCUCCUGCACUCAAGGAUGUGGCAGCGGACGAAACGGACGAGGGUGCGUUCAUGUGGGUACCGGUCUAUACAUAACUGCCACACACAACGUUCACAACGUCCACGCUUCUUGACCCCCGACGGUCUGCCUGCACCGGUUCACAGUUCUGUUUCGGGCCCACCUCUCCUUCCUGGUCUCUCUCGGUCAGUCUUUCUCAUGCUCGCUUUCUCUCUCUCUCUCUGUUUUUGGGCUGCUCUCCUGUCCCACAACCCUGACUAGCUCUUAAGCUGAGCUACGGACCCCAAGUUGAGGACGGAAAGUCCUGCCGCUGAACUGUUUACAUCCCUGAGUCCCAUUCCCCUGAAACCCUGUCCAAGCUCCCCUCACCCAAAAAAAAAAGAGAAAAUAGCAUACGAGCCCCUUUCCCUGAAGCCCCUGAGACCUGCGCCAAGCUGCAUGACCCAGAUCCUGCAGUGCACAUGGAUUGGGGGGGUGGAUAACCACAAUACAAAAACAAACAACAAACAACCCCAGCCUGCCCCCCCCCC